UGGAGUGCACCUUUAAUUUCAAGAGUUACUCAAAAUCAAAAUGUCACGCCCAAGAGAAGAUUUUACAUUUUGACAGUAUUUAUUGCAAUCAAGAAAGUUUGAUAGGAAGGAAACUUUGUCAUUGGAGGCCAUGGCAGAGGGAGAAAAUGGGUGGCAUGAGAGAAACAACAUGGUCUCAACAAAAGAAGAGGAUUCUGGGCAUGGUGGAAAGCUCGAUUUUGUGGACAGGAAGGGAAGGCCAUGCAAUUCAGACAAGUUGGGUGGUGUUAAGGCUGCUGCUUUCGUUCUUGUGGCGCAGGGAUUCGAUGCCAUGGCCUUGAUAGCCGUGCAGAACAAUCUGAUAAGAUAUCUCUACAGUGAUAUGCAUUUCUCAGUUUCAGAGUCGGCAAAUGCAGUCACCAACUUUGUGGGCACUGCUAACCUGUUGUCACUAGCAGGCGGUUUACUGUCAGACUCAUUUCUCACUCGUUUCAAAACCAUGUCUAUUUUCUCCGUUGUGGAAAUGAUGGGAUACUUCUUGCUUACAGCACAGGCUUAUUUGCCUUCCCUGAAACCACCCAGAUGUUCUAUGGACUCUUUCAGGAACAACUGCCAGGCAGCACAUGGUGUACAAAAGGGUGUUAUGUUCUUGGCCCUUUAUCUGAUAGCCCUUGGAAGUGGAUUCAUCAAGUCCAAUUUUCUGGCUCAUGGAGCAGAUCAGUUCGAUCAGAGAAUCCCCCACCAGAAGAAGAUGCUGUUUAAUUUCUUCAAUUGGGCCUAUUUUGGCCUCUGUUUGGGCUCGGUUGUUGCACUAACGUUGUUAGUGUGGGUACAAGACAACGUGGGCCGCUUUUGGGGAUUUGGGAUUUCUGCUUCAGCCAUGAUCAUAUCCUUUCUUGCUCUGAUCUCAGGGAACACCCUUUAUAGAAACAAGAUACCCAAUGGCAGCCCACUCACAAGAAUUCUUCAGGUCUUGGCAGCGGCCUUCCGGAAUAGAAAGAGUCAGUUAACAGAAGAAGAAAAGAGGACAGGAUUUCCACAACAAUCAACUAAGCUCAGAUUUUUGAACAAAGCAGCAUUUGGUAUCAAUGGUGACUCCAAUCCAUGGCACAGGUGCAGCGUAGACCAGGUGGAGGAAAGCAGAGCUUUUUUAAGAAUCCUGCCAAUAUUCGGCAGCACCAUAGUAAUGAACUGUGCAAUAGCACAGCUGCAAACUUUUUCAGUCCAGCAGGGAAGCACAAUGCGAACAAGCAUUACCCAAGAUUUCAAAGUACCCCCUGCUUCACUGGGGGCAAUUCCACUUGUAGUUCUAAUAUUCCUGGUACCCUUAUAUGAUCUCUACUUAAUCCCAUUUGCCAGGCACUUCACCAGACACCCAGCAGGAAUUCCUACUCUAUACAGAACAGGCUUUGGCCUAAUCCUCUCUGCUGCUUCCAUGGCAGUGGCCGCCAUGGUGGAAACCAAACGCAGAACCAACGUAGAGAAAAUGCCCAUAACGUACCUUUUGCCUCAGUUUUUCUUGUCUGCUUUGUCAGAGUUCUUAACCAGAGUGGGGCUAGUGGAAUUCUUCUACAGUCAAUCACCUCCAGAGAUGAGAUCCAUGUCAGUGGCACUCAAUUCUUUUUCUGUAUCAUUGGGUUAUUUCAUGAGCUCCCUACUGGUCUCCCUCACCAAUUGGGCCACCAGAAAAAACAAUGCCCACUCUUCUGGAGGAUGGCUUGCCCACAAUGACCUUAAUGAGGACCAUCUGAAUUGGUUCUAUUGGUUGUUGUGUGGAAUCAGUGUUGUUAAUUUCUUCUGCUAUGUACUUUGUGCCUUGUCAUACACUAAGAACAGUGGCAGCACUUCUCAACUAGGUCAUCAAAAUAGUCGCAUUUUAGUUGAAAUAAAAGAUGAUAGUUUGGCUUAA